ACCCUGCUGUGCUGUGGGUCCUCUCUGCAGCCUGCUCAGAGCCAGGCACUCACAGGCAGAGCAGCCCAGCAGGGAAGGAGCUGGCAAGUGGAGCAUAAGGUAUGGAAGAGAGUCUCCAGGGGAGUUCAGCUGCUCAGGGGAGUUCUCUACCAGGUGUGGUUUUGUGUUGUUGCCAGACAUAUACAGCUCUGGAGGGAGAAUGUGGGAUCGUGUGGCUACAAAGCUGGCUGUGAUGGCAGCUUUCCCCAGCAUGCCUUCUGUCUGCACAGUGGGAAAAUCUACUGAAGAAAUGUUUUUUGAAGAGCUGAGCCAAGGAGGAAGUGCAAUUUCUCUCUGGAGUUCUCCUAGGUGUGUAUGUGUGCUUCAACCAGCUCUGUCACCAGUGAGCCGUCACCAACCUCCACAGUCCUGGUUUCAGGUGGCUUUGCUGGAGCACUAAAGGUGAAGGAAGGGAACUGUCCUAAAGGAUCCUACAGCCCUGCAAGAGGAUCAGUGGUUGGUAGCAAAUGUUUCCACCUCCAAACGGCCUUGGUGAGGACAGGAUGGCUCGCUCUCUGUAUGAGUGGCUGUGGCAGCACGAGUUCUGGCUGCCCCCAGGAAUCACCUGGGAGGACAUGCAGGAAUCUGAGGACACUCAUUACCCUCAGCCUCGUGAUCUCCUGCUCAGUAUCCCGUUUGCUUUAAUCUUGGUAGUCAUUCGAUGUGCCUUUGAAAGAGCCAUAGCCCUGCCCCUCAGUACCAAACUGGGUGUGAGAGACAAGCAGAGACCAAAAGCUCAGCCCAACCCCGUGCUGGAAACGUUCUAUAGUACACGCCGCAAGAACCCUAAAGAGGGUGAGCUGCUCAAUUUAGCCAAGCAAUGUGACCUGCCAGUGAGGAAGGUGGAGAAGUGGUUCCGACGCCGGAGGAACAUGGACCGGCCCAGCCUGUCCAAGAAGUUCAGCGAGGCCUGCUGGAGAUUUACAUUUUACAUCAUUUCUUUCUUCACUGGACUCGCUGUCCUGUAUGAUAAGCCUUGGCUUUGGGACCAUAGAGAGUGCUGGACAGGAUAUCCACAACAGCCUCUCCAGCCCUCCCUGUUCUGGUACUACAUGCUGGAGCUCUCCUUCUACUGGUCACUGGUCUUCACCUUGCCCUUUGAUGUGAAGAGGAAGGAUUUCAAGGAGCAGAUAGUCCAUCAUGCUGCAACCAUCUUCCUGAUCAGUUUUUCAUACUGUGCCAACUACAUCCGCAUUGGGACACUGGUGAUGGUGAUUCAUGAUGCUUCUGAUUGCUUCCUAGAGCCAACUAAGAUAUUCAAUUACAUGAAAUGGAAAAAAACUUGUGACAGCCUCUUUAUGAUCUUCUCAGCUGUGUUCCUGAUCAGCCGCCUGAUCAUUUACCCCUACACAGUGCUUUAUAACACCUACUAUUACUCCAUGGAGAUAUUCCAACCCUUCUUUGGAUACUACUUUGUGAAUGUUCUCCUGAUAAUUCUGCAGCUGCUCCAUGUCUUCUGGUCCUGCCUAAUUAUUCACAUGGUCUACAAGUUCAUCCUCCAGGGCACGAUGGAAAAGGACAUGAGAAGUGACACAGAAGAAAGUGACAAGGAUGAAGAAAGAGAUAAAAUUAGAGAAAAGGAGAAAAAUGGGAUCACGUGUUUCAGCAACGUCACAAGCAAUGGUUACAUCCAGAGGAAUGGAUCUGAGCCCCUGGACAACAGAGCCCACCAUGCCAAUGGCCAUGCCAAGGAAAGAUAGCUGCUGUCCUGUGCCGCUGGCCUGGCCUCCAGCAACCCCAGGCCACCAUCUGUAGAAACAGUUUUGCUCACUGUGUAGAUAAACUGGAGUGCAAUUGCAGUAUUGUAGCUGAAUUCCUGCUUCCCAUAAACCCAAGUGUUUAUAGCCAGUGGAUAUUUGAAGGAAGUUUUUUGUCUUCCUUCAGUAAAAGCUUAAUAUAGGUUGUAGCCUCAAAACAGAUAGCAAGGGAUCAAAGUAGUUUGACUUGUAUUAAGACUGUACCAAAAUUGUUGUCAAAUGUGUUAAUCUUGAAAAGUACUUUAAAAAUAAGGUGGAUAAACUUUGGCAGUGUCAAGUUUUACCCACCUAAUGUUUGAUAGGAAUCUGUUUAGCCUGGAUCAGCCUCUGGAGGCCCUCGUAGUAUUGCUAGUAAUUAUUAUGCCUGACAAGUGACAGAUCUUACUACUGGGAUACCUCUUCUGAGAAAACAGGUGCCCUGUAUACACUUAGAAAAUUAAAUCUAAGUAUAGUGAAAUGAAAGCUCUUGGAAAGGCAUAAGAUAAAACAUGCUCUUGUCAAAGAAAGUACUCUUUGUGCCAGUGACCAGUUUUGUAGUGGUAUGGAUCUCAGUCCCUACUUACUGCCCCUAAGCUCCAAAGCCCAGGCUGGAGGAGUACCCCCCCAAAUCACAUUGGAAGAGCUGGGAAAUCCAGACAGCUGUUUCUCAACACUUAGGAGUUGGACUUGAUGAUCCUUGUGGGUCCCUUCCAACACAUAAUAUUCUGUAAUUCUGUGAUAAUUGAAAGUUGGAAGCACAUGUUGUGUACACUGUGAUCUGAGCGUGUGGUCUCACCUCUCUGCAGGUGCUGUGCUCAGGAGGGAUAUUGAAAUGCUACAUCAUUUUGUACUACUGAAUGUAAAUGUUCUUUAUAAAUUACUUUUAAAGGUUGA